CUAAUAUAUAUAAACUUGUGAUUGUCACAUAUUACAGAUACAUAUUGGUUUGUGAGUCUUAUUGAACAUGAAGCUCAUUAAUAUCCACUGGUUAUUUAUCACUUAUUUAUACAUUAUAUUGGAGACAGUUAGUGGAUUGAUGGGAAAUGUGUACCUAUCGAGUAAUGCGGAUCCAAAGAAUUCAGAAAGUACAACAUUCUGGUUAAUACAAGAGCGUAAAGAAUAUCUAUACUUUCAAUGGAUUCCAUUUAAAAGAGAAUAUUAUGGUGCUUUAUUUCUUGAACAAGAGGAUGAUGUUUCACGACAAAUGACAGAUGAUCUAGAAGAGGCAAUGUUAAUGACUGUUGCUCCAGCAUGUAAAAAUCAAAAGUACUCUCUGAGGCAAUCAGUAGGCUAUGCGAUAGCUGGUUAUUAUGAUAAAGAAUCAAGGGAACUAAAUUUUAAUCGAAUUUUCAGAUUGGAACGAAUUACAUUUGAAACAAACGAUGAUAAAUCUACCUCUUUAAUAUGGAUAAUUAAUGAUAAAAUUUGUUCAACAGAAGAUUUAAUAAUAAUAUUUAAAAAAGACUCAACAGGAUUUCAUCGAAUGUAUACUAUUUCUGCUAAUGAAAGAAAUUAUCAUUUUACAAAUGGAUUACAUGAUGAUGAACAUGUUAUUAUUACUACUUAUCAUGAACAUGCAUUCGGUUUAUCUGAAUUAGGAAAAGAAGACAGGAAUAUUGAUGUAAUUGCUGCAGGUUAG